AUAACAUAACGUGUUAUUUAUUUUCGAUCCAGAAAAUACCUUCGUAUUUUGUAAUGCUAGAGUAAAUAUAUUCUCUGAAAAUGAAGCGACAAAAUGUUCGCACUUUAUCACUUGUAGUAUGUACUUUUACGUAUUUACUCAUAGGAGCAGCCGUGUUUGAUGCUCUUGAAUCUGAUACAGAAAGUAAAAGAUGGGAAGUUUUAUCCGACAUGAAAAAUGGUCUGGUAAGAAAAUACAAUAUAACACCAGAGGACUAUCACAUGAUAGAAAUAGUGAUUAUAGAAAACAAGCCGCACAAGGCAGGGCCACAAUGGAAGUUUGCAGGGGCUUUUUAUUUUGCAACUGUGGUACUGGCAAUGAUAGGUUAUGGUCAUUCAACUCCUGUUACAGUUGGGGGUAAAGCAUUCUGUAUGGCAUAUGCAAUGGUUGGCAUACCUCUAGGCUUAAUUAUGUUCCAAAGUAUAGGUGAGAGAUUGAAUAAGUUUGCUUCAGUUGUGAUUAGACAUGCGAAGACUUAUUUACGAUGUAGCACCACAGAAGCCACAGAAAUGAAUCUAAUGUUUGCUACUGGAAUGUUGUCUUCUAUCAUUAUUACUACAGGAGCGGCUGUGUUCUCUCGUUACGAAGGCUGGAGCUAUUUUGACAGCUUCUAUUAUUGUUUUGUAACCCUCACCACUAUUGGUUUUGGUGAUUAUGUUGCGUUACAGAAUGACCAAGCACUAACAAGCAAACCGGGAUAUGUGGCAUUGAGUCUGGUGUUCAUUCUGUUUGGUCUGGCUGUGGUCGCUGCUAGCAUCAACUUGCUGGUGCUCCGGUUCAUGACCAUGCAAGCAGAGGAAAACGCUCGCGACGAAGAGAAGGAAGAGUACAAGACCAUGUUACCCUUUGACGGUCAUAUUGUGGCCAGCAGACAACGUUCACACGAGGACCAAGCCUCUGUGUGUUCGUGCAACUGCCUCGGCAACAAAUCGUGCGAGAGCGGCUCUCUUCUGCCCGCUUCCGUGCCCUCGCAUCACACGCUGCUGUUGCACUCCAUAUCAACGGACAUCUUCGAGCGGGCCUCUGUAUGAUGUGCUUCUUUGGCUGACCUCAUCUCCUACCCGAUAUGAUAUCCUAGUAAUACUGACACUUAAUCUCCCAUAUUUGCAUUUUCUAAGAUUUCUGCGUGUGUAGUUUAUAAUUAAAUUUCUAAGCUUUACAUAGGAGUCUGUAUCACAGACUAAAUACUCCAUAGUUAGGGAAGAUUUUGACCGGUCUUCCAUAUGAUGAGCAUUUCUUGCUGACCCCAUCUCCUAUCGGAUAUGUCGUCCUAGUACCUCUACUGUGACAUGUUAUACAAUACUUUUGUGUUGUUAACCUCCUGCGACAGUAAAAAUUCAGGGAACAUUCUUUGGCUGGGUUGCACCAACUAAUUUUAGCAAUAAAAAACACGUUAAAGUACCGGUUAAGCAUAACUUUAUGCGUAACCCGUACUCAUCCAAUGUUCGCCGGUUAUAGUUAUUGUUAAUUUGAAAUAGCGAUCAAAAUCAAGUUUUAAGUAAAUAUUCGAUUUUGACUUGGUAAUUCACUUUUUAACUUUUACUAUGCCAAGGAAUACGAUGAUGCAACACAUUCCACAGAGUAUGUUAAAUUCAUUGUUACUGUUAACGUUAAAUUUGACUUAAACCUUAAGUACAACAGCUGAUAUGAUGCAAUCCAACCUUAAUAAUUAAUGCAUCAGGGCAUCCUUACCUUAUCUCCUAUCCAAUAUUAUAUCCUAGUACUUUUGGUACUAAUGCUCCAAUUACUUAUAAUUAUUAAUAUGUUUUAUAUUUUUUUACCUAAUAUUACUGCAACGGUAAUCACUAUUCGGGUUAGUUAGUGGGGUGUUUUGUCAUGCUUUUGUUGCAGACUUCUCUCCUCUCCGUUAUGAUAUCCUAGUACAUUAUUAAAAAUGUACUUAUGGGAUCUACACCCUAGAAACAUGUCUUAGUUAUAUCUUCCUUAGGAGGUUAAUAAAUAAUUCUGUAGGUAUACACAAUAGUGUGAUAUACAUAUAAAAUUAUCACUACUGCCAAAUAUGAAAAUUAUUAUGUGCCAAUUUAAAAUGUGAUCUUUUUUGUUAAUCUAGUCAAAAUAGCUGUUGAGUUAUUCAACCCUAAAAUGUUACAUAGCACACAUAUACACCCAUAACACAUAUACUUUAUUAUAAGAAGGGUUUUAAUGUGGUAUUUAGUUUUAAGGAAAGCCAUUAAGAAGUUUCAGUAAGCACCUAUGGUCAUAAUUUAUUUUAUUAUUUUAAGAGUUAAAUAUAUUUUUUGGUAUAUUAUUUACUUACUGCGUUAAUAAUUAACUUGUAGGCCCAAACUCCAGAUGGCACUAUAGACACGUUGUGAAGGCACGUCUUGUAAUGUUUAAUAAUGUUUUUUAUACAAAUUAUUUAAGUUUUCUUUAGUGUUAAUUCCGCCAAUAUUUGUUUUUCACAUUUAAGCGAGAGCCUUUUUCGCAUGUAUGUAAAAUAGAGCAAUUAGAAAUAAUAAAACACGAAAAUAACAUGUUUACAUUGUUGAAUGAACAAACAAAUUUAGUCCCAUCACCUUUGUUACGUGUCUCUUCCGGGGGUAAUACGUCACAACAGCCGACCAAUCACAGCGCGUCAUUUCAUGGGACGAGGGUGUAAAAGAAAGUCUUCCGGUUCAUUUGAUUCAGUCUCUUGCCCGAUUUUGGCGAGACAACACGUCCUGAGGAUACCUCGUAUAGAGGCGAAACACGUGUCGAAUUGUUUUUUAAAAACAAAUAUUGGCGGAAUUAACACUAAAGAAAACUUAAAUCAUUUGUAUAAUUAUGGAUUUCCGCAAAGUAACGCCUAAUUCAAUAAAUUUUCUUAAUGUUUUUUUUUUAAAUUAACAAUUAUAUUUGGUGAAACCGUACUUUAUGGUUAAGUAGAUCUUUAGUGUAAUAUUUUGAUGCGUUUGCUGCUACGUAAAAAAACGUUGACAAGAUGCUUAAAAGAGAUUUUCAUUUUUAAAUAUUUUUAUUUAAAAUCACUAAUUGAACGUCAAAAAACUACCACCCAUUCGAAAUAGUAUGCCUCAGCCCUAAAUAGAAUGGGCGCAAGAUACUACGCGUUCUUUUUUUUUCUAAUUAUGCAGACUAUACAAUCUAAGAUUUAUAAUUAAAUUGCCUGAAGGCGUUCGCUCCAUUACCAAUCUGUGGUAUCAUUAAGAAAAUCAUUGUGAAUGAUGAAGCUUGAUUCGGAGAGAUAUAUAAAUAUUAAAAAGAUAAAUUUAACUAUUUUAAAAGUUAAAAACUAUUUUAAUUUUAAUGUUAAAACGGCUGUCACAACGUGCCACUAGAGUCAUCGCGAGUAUUACGAGCCUUUUCACACAGGCAUAGGGUGCCAACUUGAGAGUCCUAAAAGCUAUUUACGUUAAUCUAUUAGGUUUACAAUAAGAUAUCUUAUACAGCUGUUAUAAUAACUAGUGGACCCGACAGACGUUGUCCUGUACACAGCCUGGUCAAGCCGUUAGGAGGAGUUCACUAACAUACACAUGAGCAUGAGAAUAAUAUUAAAUGGACGGAAUUGAGAAUCUAAACCAAUCUCAAAUUCACUGGAACAUACAGAAAAUAAAAAAAAAAUCAUCAAAAUCGGUCCUACCGUUUAGGGGGUAGUUGAAUUGUGAAUCUAAACCGUUCUCGAAUCCACCUGAAGACACACAGGAAGUUUCAUUAAAAUCGGUCCAGCCGUUUAGGAGGAGUUCAGUUACAACAGACGCACAAAAUAAAUAUAUAUAUAUAAAGAUAGAUCAAGUAUUCUAGACUCAUUAAUUAACUCCUUUACAGGCGUAAUUUAUUAUAUUAUAAGCUAACAAAAUACUAGCUGAGGCCUAGCAGCCAAAUAAAGAAUUUCAAAUUUAAAUUUUAAAGUGUGCGAGAGAGAAGAAUAUCUUUAUCUUUAACAGAGAUGGGGUAUGGUAGAAAACCGAUUUUAAUUUAGAAGUCGUAAACAGUCAGCCACGCUUUGUAUGAGCUCCUUAGUUUUUUUUAAUAUUAACGCAUACAUUGAGAAAUAAAAAUUGGUGUUUGUGUGUGAAUUUGCUUUUAUGAGGGAGCGAUAUUGACGAUAUCGCCCUCUCAUUCGCACACUUAUGGUUAGUGUAGGGAUGAACAUGACGAUUAUUUAAAAGCUCUUUUAAUAAUGAAGUAUUUCACCAUCUGAGCCAAAUGAUACAAAAUAUGAAAUAAUUUUAUAGGCAUAAUGACGUUAUUUUACUAGAAGUGGUGGUAUAUAAUAUAUAUGUUUGCCAAAUAUUUGUGUCAAAGUAGAAAGUUAUUAGAUGUUAAACGUAGAAUGCACUAUAUUUUAUCAAUAUUAAUUAUUAUUUAUUAUAUUUUUUUUUUACUAGUUAAGUUAUCUACCUAUUUAAACCGAUUUGUUGGCCAAGUUGAUAUGUAAUAUUUAAUGUUAUAUAUAUGUAGUAUGAUAACUGUAAUUUUUGAGAAAAAUUAAGUUUAUUAAUAAUUAUUUAUGUUAUUUAUAAUAAUAGAAUAUUAUGCCAUAGCUUGAUCUCAUAUUGCUAUUAAAAUAUUAGUUACUGAUUAUCUAAUUUAUGUCAAACCAAGAUGGUAUUAAAACAAUUUGUUAUUUUUUAAGUGAUAUCCCUCACUUUUGGGAUUAAUUACACAAAUUAAAUUUAAAAACAAAAUUUAUGAACGAUGCGGGACUUGCCUGUUUAGAUUUGAGAGAGCGACAUCUCAAGUGAAUUUACUAAUAUGCAAUUAUUAGGGUUGAGAAGGUUAUCAACUGUAAAGUAGAUCCUGUAGAUGAAGCCACAACCUGAGAGUUGAACAAAGCAUACAAGAUUUUAUAAACGAUACGACACUCGAACGGUUGGCUCGGUUGGAAAGAGCGCUCGCACGGAACGCGAGAGAUCGGGGGUUAGUGUCCCGCAUCUUUCAUAAAUUUUGUUUAAAAUUAAAUUUGCGUAGUAAGUCUUCUUUCUUUUUUUAAGGAUUUUUGUUUUGUUACGCCAAAGAAGUAUAACUGUUUGCGUGCGUACUUAGUACACACUUUUUAUCUUUUAUUUGUCUGUGAUAUAGAUUGACCCCCUUAUAAUAGUCUGCUAACUUAAAGCAUUGCUAAUUCUCACUCUGUCUUCUUCUAUUGAUCUAAGUCAGAAUGAGAAAAAACACUCCUAAGCGACUGUUUAAAGUUAGCGGACCAUUAUGAAUAAGGGGGUAAAUAUCUAAUGUUGUGAUUUUCAUUUUUUACCAAUGUUGUAUUUCAUUAUAAUUUUUGUAUAGGUACUUAUGUUAAGAGGAUUCGCUGACUGUGACAAAACGCAAACUUGAUUAUUCCAUAGGGCUGGUUAGCUUCAGCAUAAUUUUAGUUAUCAAAUGACUAUAAAAAUGAAAUCAAAGAUUAUGCUAAGCUUACACUCGGCUAAGUUUUACGUAAGUAAAGUCUGAGCAAUGUCUUAGGCUAGGCUCUAUAUUAUAUCUCAGCCUUAGUGAUGUUUAUUGAUCUCAUUUCUUAAUAUAAUUCGUAUAUUUAAGAGUAUUUAUUCUAAUAAAUGUAUUUGCAAUUGA